AUGACUACUCCACAGCAUCAACAACAAGCUCAAGUAGUCCCCACACAGAUAACACCGAAUAACACCACAAAAAGAGCAAGGACAGCUUAUACAAGCAACCAGCUGGUGGAACUGGAAAAGGGAUUUUUCACCAGUAAAUAUUUAUGUAGGCCCAGACGCAUUAAUUCAGCUAGAGCUCUGAAUCUGACCGAACGACAAAUUCAGAUUUGGUUCCAAAACAGGCGUAUGAAGUACAAGAAGGAGCUGAAGAACAAGAGUGCCUCCCCUUCUUCAUCAAUUGAUUCCACAAAUCGUACAGAACGACCAGAGACAUUAUCUUCGGGAGUUCAGAUAUAA